CAGAUCUAUCGCCACCAUGAAGUUGAACCUCACCACCAUAACCAUGACAUGGAGCACAAGAAAGCAGGAUCUCUCCUCGGGCGUGUUCACUGCACCAUUAUGGCCCUCGGCCUAUGGGACUCGGGUCGCGCUGUCGUGUUCGUUCUUGGUUGUGGAAUUGGUGUUUUGCUUCGCAUGUUCUGGGUAAUGUCUGUCCUCGUGUAUUGCACUGUCAGAGGUGAGCGAUCGGAGAAGAUCAGCCAUGGGUACAUCAUGUUCGAACAUGAUGCAGAGACCCACUUCGUGCCUCCUCCUGAAUACACUGACGAGAA